CACCACGCCAUCACGUCCGGUUGCAGCUUUACGCGGUCGGACGCGACUUGACGCGACCUCCGCACACGGUUGACCAGCGCCAACGGGAAUCUAUCUGUCACAGACGCCAGAUUUGUUUUCCGUACGCGCGCACAUCACACCACGGGUCUCUCCAUCCUGGCACAGCUGUCAUCGUUGUGUAAGCCCACGCGCGCGCGGGGAAAGCCCAUCGGCCCCCCCCCCAACCACAACGUAAGGGGGGAAGCGGAAGCCUGGAAGUAGUAGAGUGGCCGACCAGCCAAGAUGUCUCAGCUAGAUCCUUUGCCGCGGGAUCUGCCCUUUCGCAUCGUCUCCAAGACGGUUGGGCGUGGCGCCUAUGCCUCCAUCAAGAAAGCCAUCCCCCUCGACUCGCCGACGCCCGUCUUCGCCGUCAAGCUCAUCCACAAGGGCUAUGCGACCAAGCAGGGCCGCAUCUCGGCCAAGCAGCUCGCCAUGGAGGUCUCGCUCCACUCCCACAUCGGCCAGCACCCCAACGUCAUCGAGUGGUUCGCGUCGGGCGAGGACCCCGUCUGGCGCUGGAUCGCCAUGGAGUUUGCCGAGGGCGGCGACCUCUUCGACAAGAUCGAGGCCGACGUCGGUGUCCGCCAGGACAUUGCCCAGCUCUACUUCAUCCAGCUAGUCAGCGGCGUCAGCUUCAUGCACUCCAAGGGCGUCGCCCACCGUGACCUCAAGCCCGAGAACAUUCUUCUCUCAGCCGAGGGCAGCCUCAAGCUUGCUGACUUUGGCAUGGCCACCAUGUUCGAGUACAAGGGCCAGCGCAAGACCAGUUCCACAUUGUGCGGGAGCCCUCCCUACAUCGCCCCCGAGAUCCUCGCCUGCGGCAGGGCGCCCGACAGGAAAGCCCCCGGUGCCAGCAAAUACUCGCCUGACCUAGCCGAUCUGUGGUCCUGCGGUGUCAUUCUCUUCGUCCUGCUUGUGGGCAAUACGCCUUGGGACGAGCCGUCGCCCAGCAGUUGGGAGUUCAACGAGUACAGGCGGAAUCAUGGCCAUAGCACCGACGCGCUUUGGGAGCGGGCACCACCGGAGGCUCUCUCCUUGUUGCGGGGCAUGAUGUCUAUCGAUCCUUCGAAGCGAUUCAAUUUCCAACAGGUUCGCCAGCACCCUUGGUAUACUAGGCACAACCCGCUCCUCACCGCCGACGGGAAAGUCUCCGACCCCAUCCACCUCGCGACGCAGAUGCUCGAGAACCUCCGCGUCGACUUCAGCCAACAGCCUUCAGCGUCACAAAGACAGGCACCAAGCGUCGAUGAUAUGGAUGUAGACACCGGCUUGAACGCGGGCAAGUUUUCUUCGACACAGCCCGAAACCCCUAUAAACGACAAGGAAUGGGAUUGGGAGCAGCCGGUUCUCCGGUCCAUGGCCAUGCCAGCUUCCUCCCUUCCUUCGCGCGCCACCGAUGCCCGCCGCAUGGUUCUCAGCACUCUUGCAGACGAACCUUCGAUGUCGCAAUUCUCCCAUACGCCGGGACCGUCCAUAUCCUUGACGCAGCAGGCCCGUCGCUUCCGCGAUAUCUGCCCUCCCGAGUCUUUGACGCGCUUCUUCUCCCAUGUUCCUCCUACCCAUCUUGUGCAGAUGCUUGGCGGCGCGUUGCAUCAGCUCAACGUGCCGCUUGGCCCCGUCUCGCCGAACUUGCACGGCAGCCCAAUCGCCCAGAUCAAGGUCAAGGCCGUCGACGGGCGCCAGCAGAGCCUGCACGGCGAGAUCAACAUCGACAAGCAGCCGCUUCCCGAUGGCACCGAGGUCCUCGACGUGCGGUUCGUAAAAAUAAAGGGAGACCCGCUCGAGUGGCGGCGGUUCUUCAAAAAGGUGGUGGUUUUGUGCAAGGACGGCGUCUACGUCCCCGAUUCCUAGAGGGCGGCCGGGGCUUUUCGCUGCAAGACGCACGAUAGCAACGAGGCUUUGGCCCCGGAGAUGCUGGAUAGAUUGUAACUUAUAGUUAGAAUGACGAGACGGCUUAAUGAAUGCAUCAAAGGUUACGCCUCUG